UAGUAAAAGGCAUGUGAACGGACCCUAUACUUUGACCUCAGAGCAUAUGCAGGGCUUGUAAGGAUUUUUAAGGUUGUAACAGUGGCUGGGAAAUUGGGCAUAAAGGGUGAAACGUGGCUUUCAGCUAAGAAAAAUCUCGUAGCUCUGGCUUAGCAGGUACUCUCCAUUGCAUGGAAUAGAGGCCCCGAGGGAACAAAGAAAAGAGACACGGGAAAAGUCGCCCCCUUGUGUAGCAGCAGCCGCGGUGGCCCUGGCCAGUUAGAAUUCCGGUACAGGGUGGUUUUUCCUUCAUGCGCCCAAACACAUCCAGACACCUAACUGUUCUGGGAAAGAAUUGUUUUGGAUGACAAUGCAUCUGAUUCGAUGUAGAAAUCAUUUCUAGAUUUUCCUGAUAAUGUUGUGACUAAACAGAAAUAUAAACUGUAAGUUUUACACCUCACAAUAUUGUAGGUUUUGGGCUGUGAUUUUUGCUUUACUGGUCAUUCUCUUUAUGGGAUUAAAAAAAAAAACCCACCAUGAGCUUUUGUAAAAGUAAAGUUUUUUAAUGAAAAAAUAUGCACCCCUUUGUAAGGUCUUAAUAAUGAAGAUAUCUGCCAUUUAUUAAGGCGCUGGGAAUCUUACAUCUCAUUUUACAUUUUGCACACACUCUCAUAUGUAUUGGGCAGUCUGAAGUCAGUGUGUUUCACAUCUCAUUCCAGUUGCAGGCUCCUCUAGCUCAGCCUGUCUAAAAUGGAGUGGAUUUUUCCUUUCUCCCAUAUUCUGCCACACCUCUGCCAUGCUCCUACCACCAGAAAAAUCAAAGAAAAAGCUAGACACACCACCACUGAUUGUGCCUUUUUCUCUCUAGGAAUAUCGUCACCAUUCAUCCAGUUUAUGCCAGAAAUCUGGGAAUCCAUCGUGCCUCCGUCCUCCCUUCCUGUCCCCCAGAGAAAUCUGUAGCAAAAAUGUGUCAAUUGUUGCCACUUCUUCCUUCCCAGUUUCUUCUUCCCCACUGGCACCACCUAUGUCAUUGCACCAUCAUUUUCCUGCUUUGUCUACUCAUGGAGCCUCUGAUCUGGCCCCUCCAUGCCUCCACCCUCUGGUCUGCUCACUCUGCAGCUUGUGUGGGUGAUUUUUCUAAUACGCUUGUGUGAGGACUGUAUUGCCCUCCUGGUUAAAACCCUGCAGGGACAGCCUAUUAAUUACCCUGAGGACAAAAAAUCCAGCCAUCUAACUGUGCCUCGUAAUGGACUUCAGAUGCAGCCCUGUUGCUGUAGCCCCUUACAGUCUUCUUGAAUUCCUUGAACGUAAUCCCUUUUGCUCUGCAAUGUGCCAUUCCCUCCGCCUUGAUCACGCUUUCCCUCCUCUUUGGCCAACUUCCACUUAUCCUUCAGGCUCUAGUUUAAGUAUAUGUUUGCCCACUGCUUUGGAUAUUUCUGCUGUAAACCGGCAUGCUCUUCUUGGAAGACUUGCCCUCCACAUUUGUUGAGGUUUAUGGCCACCUCUGCAUGGGACAUCCCUUAUGCCAGAGACCAAGAGAGAUUUGUUCAGGAUUCCAACUUCUGACUCAGAGUUGGGGCUCAGUGUCUGCCUGUUGAGUGAAUAAUGUAGGGAGGGAAACUUUUUUCUAUGUCUUCUUAGAUUCAUGCUUGAGGCCCUGAAAAUUAAACUGACAAAAAGAGAUAGAUGGGAGAAAAAGUCUACUACAUCUCCAAAUUGUGAAAUGUUAAACCAAGACACUUACAUUUUAACUAACUCUGUGAUAAAUUAGGGAACAGAAGCUAGAUCAAGGACAGAGGCUUCUAAAGUGAAGAGCAAGAGGGUAAAUAUGUGGAAGAAACAACAGAGAAUAAAGAAACAACAGAGGAUAAAGAUUAUUUAGAUAACAGAAGAUAAAGGUUUAUAAUGCAAACUUAAAUUGAUGCCUUCCCUGUUGGUAACAAAUGUAUUCCUGGUACUGGAGGGAAAAACACAUUUACAAAGGUUAUUGCCAUUACCUAGGGGGAUGUUUGUAUUUAAAUGAAAGUGAAAAGGAUAAAGAACAAAUUGCUUUCAGCUCCAAGCAAUUCUUGUGCCAAAGUGGAAUGCUUGUGGCAAACUGAUCCCUUUCAAAGGAAUAAGCUGUGCCAUAUUGUGAUGAUUAGAGCUACUUUAGCUUGUAGGGGUGAAGAGAAAUUUCCCCUGUCUUCUAGAGCUUUGCCCAAAUGAAGUGACAAUAGAUUAAAGAGGAAAGGAGUUAUACACAUUUAUUAAUGUGCCUGGGGCAGGGUUGGGAUCACAGGUGUGUGAUUACCCACAAACCCAACAUGGUCCUGACACAUCUUUACCCCUUUUUCUGUAGGUGAGGGAGAAGAGGGGAGUUUAAGGGAAAUUGUGAAUGAUUUUUAGAGGAACUCUGUGGGCUUGGAGAACAUAAAUAGCCCAGGACAAAAAUCUGUUUUGCCUGCAGCAGAGACAGUGCGUUAGAGAUGCUUCUGGGACUGAAACUCAGAGAAUGGCUUACAAAAAAAUCUAUCCAGGCAGAAUUCACUCUUUCUUGGGAUACGAGCUUACUUAAGAGAAGCUUAGGGGAAGAGACACAGGUUAUUUAUAUCACUUUUGGCUUGUCCAAACUUUAGGCAGAUAAAGGCACUUUGCAGGUAGCCUCUCCUUGUACUUGAAGACGGAAGACAAGGUUAGAGGGACAUUGACUCUUAGCCUGCUUUUAAGACUUUUUUAAUUUUCUUUUGAUCAAACUUCUCAGCAUGCCAAAAAACACCACAUUUGGGGGAUAUCAUUUUUAGCCUCAACAGGAUGAUUUAUGCCUUUUGAAAGUGAAUGUACUUCUCAGAUGUUUCUGUUUUUGAAGGUAGAUUUGAAGAGCCCUUGGGGACUGCGUGGGUGGAGCCCAGCUGUGCGGGAGCCCAGCAUGGAUGACUACACAGUCCAGAGGGUGAUCGGCGAGGGCUCCUUCGGCAGAGCUCUUCUUGUGCAGCAGGAAAGCAGUAAUCAGCUGUUCGCAAUGAAGGAAAUAAGGCUCCCCAAGUCUUUUUCUGAAACACAGAAGUCUAGGAAGGAGGCUGUUCUGUUAGCCAAAAUGAAACACCCCAAUAUUGUUGCCUUCAAAGAAUCAUUUGAAGCUGAAGGACAUCUAUAUAUUGUGAUGGAAUAUUGUGAUGGAGGGGAUCUAAUGCAAAAGAUUAAACAGCAAAAGGGAAAGUUAUUUCCUGAAGAUACGAUACUUAAUUGGUUUACACAAAUGUGCCUUGGAGUAAAUCACAUUCACAAGAAACGGGUGCUACACAGAGAUAUCAAAUCCAAGAAUGUCUUUCUCACCCAAAAUGGAAAAGUAAAAUUGGGAGAUUUUGGAUCUGCCCGUCUUCUCUCUGAUCCCAUGGCGUUUGCUUGUACAUAUGUGGGAACACCUUAUUAUGUGCCUCCAGAAAUUUGGGAGAACUUGCCUUACAACAAUAAAAGUGACAUCUGGUCCUUAGGAUGCAUUCUGUAUGAACUCUGUACCCUUAAGCAUCCGUUUCAGGCAAAUAGUUGGAAAAGUCUCAUCCUCAAAAUAUGUGGAGGGUCCAUCAGGCCACUGCCUUCCCAUUACUCCUACGAGCUACAGUUUCUAAUCAAGCAGAUGUUUAAGAGGAAUCCCCUGCACCGCCCUUCAGCCUCGGCACUCCUGUGCAGAGGCAGCCUAGCUCCUCUCCUGGGGAAGUGCUUCCCCCCUGAGAUCAUCUCAGAAUAUGGUGAACAGAUACUAGAAGAAACCAAAAAGUCUAAGCAUAAUGCACCAAGAAAAAAGGCAGACACCAGCAGAAUCAGGAUUGCCUUGGGAAAUGAAGCAAGCUCGACGCAAGAGGGAGAACAUGGUAGAAAAUAUAGCCAUAGUGACUUAGAGAACAUUAAUAAAAAUUUGGUUGAGCAUUCAUUGAAGAGAGUCAACAGAGAAGAAAAAGAAUCAGACAGUAAGUCAGUGCAUCUGAGGCAAGCCGGCUCACCAGGCCCUCACAGGCGGCAGUGGGAGAAAAAUGUACCUGGUACAGCUUUGACAGCUUUGGAAAACGCGUCCAUCCUCACUUCCAGUGUAACAGCAGAGGAUGACAAAGGUGGUUCUGUAAUCAAAUACAGUGAAAAUAACACCCGCAAGCAGUGGCUCAAAGAGACCCCUGACACCUUGUUGAACAUCCUUCAGAAUGCUGAUCUCAGCCUGGCAUUUCAGACCUACACAAUUUAUAGACCAGAUUCAGAAGGGUUCUUGAAAGGCCCCCUGUCUAAAGAAACAGAAGCAGCAGACAGUGUGGACGGAGGUCAUGAUUGUGUCAUUUUGGAUCCUGAGAGACUGGAACCUGGGCUGGACGAGGAGGACACGGACUUUGAGGAAGAUGGUGACAAUGCCGACUGGGUGUCAGAACUGAAGAAGUGGCUGGAUGGCCGGGGGUGUCUGAUGGACCAGGCCGGAGGGGAUGCUCCCAAGUCACACGGAGGAGACGCUGCAAAUGAGGAAUUCUUACUAGAGUAAUAAUUAGUUUGUAGCGUGUAAUAAUAAUUGGUACUUAGGACAUAUAUUUGAAGGCAGAAUGAAGGGAGAAACUGUUAAUAUUUAAAAUAAUUCCUAAUAUCACAGAAUUAAAAAUAAUCUAGAACUUCUAUUAAUCUUUGAACUCGGAGGAGAAGGUACAGCAGAAUGGGUAGGAGCCUGGUGCUUUGAUGUCUAGUAGAACAGAAAUCGGAUGCCAGCUGCACCAUUCACUAGUUGUGCAAUUUGGGAAAUUACUUAACCUCUUUGUACCCCGAUUUCAUCAACUAUAAAAUGAGGAUAAUAAAGCCUACCUCAUAUGGGUGCCGACCUAUA